UACACUUUUAAGAAAUAAAUCACUAAAAUAAUAAUAAAAAAGAUCUGGCAGCUCAUUACCCAGACUUUGUCCUGUAAUUAAAAAUGGAAAUUUGGUGUGUAGCUACAGUAAAAAUAAAUUUUCUGUUAUUAUAAACAGCUUCUAAUAAACAGAUUACAAUCUUCACUUUUGAGUAAAGUUGGCCCUGUUCAGCAUAUGUUAUUGUACAUAUAGAUACAAAUGCUCUUUGAUGAUGCCAUUUACUCAUGGUUUUGUUUACUUCCAGGUUGUGCUGUUUGCAGUACAUUAACGUCAAGGUGCUGCCUUCACAGGAAUGGGUCGUCAGAGUAUCAUAUGAACUCCGUACUGCAGCGUUAUAAAUCGGGUCAAGCUCCCUGCCCUCCUGGUUGGAGACAAUGUGGCUCUCGCUGGUUCAGUUACAACAGUGGGCCAAAGAACUGGAUCGAUGGAGAGUUCUUCUGCCUUUCCACUGGUGGGAAUCUGGCUUCCAUCCACUCUGCUGAGGAACAUGCAUUCAUCAGAAACUACAUUAAGGAAGUGACCGGUACAGACAAAAAUGCCUGGAUUGGAGGCCAUGACGGAGUGAAGCCAGUCAACACCUCAGCAAAGAUGACGUCAGUCUUUCCGUUUGCUUUGUUGCUCUGCUUGUCCAGCGGACUGUUGGCUGCAUAUGGACAGGCACCUUCCUGCCCUACUGAUUGGACUUCGUUUGGCUCUCGCUGUUUCGCAUUCUACAGCCAGACAAAGAACUGGAUCGAAGCAGAGACCUUUUGCCAGAGCGCUGGUGGGCAUCUGGCUUCCAUCCACUCGGAUGCGGAACAUGGAUUCAUCAGAAAUUACACUAACCAAGUGUCCGGUACUGACAAAAAUGCCUGGAUCGGAGGCUUUGACACAGUGAAGGAGGGUAUGUGGAUGUGGGCUGAUGGAUCCCAAUUCGACUACGAAAGCUGGGCUGUGGGGAAGCCUGACCACAACAAUGGAGCGGAGAACUGUCUUGAGAUGUACCCUGAUGAAAACUGGAACAACGCGGCUUGUACCAACGAGGCUUCUUUCAUCUGCUCCAAGAACCUGUAUGUGUAACUCUACCGCGCCAUCAUGAUGCCUCUCCAGCUCAUCUAUAAUCUCUAUCAUUGAUUCACUUUCAGUUUGUUCAGCAGACAGAAACAGCUCUCUGCUGACAGAUGACUCCCUUUCACUUGUUUAUUAUCUGAAGAGUUAGGGAACAGUUCACAUUUGGGUUUAAAAUUAGACAGAAACUGGCUCACUGAGCUGGACAAAAAC